CAACGAGCGCCGAGGUGGCAGGCGUCGUCACAGCAGAGAACGCGGCGAGUACCGCCCUGCUCAACGAAGUGCCGCGCGAGGCGCAGCGCCAUCGCAAGCUCAUUGAGUCAUUCGCCGAUGCUCCCUCAUGCCAGACGGAACGCGCGCGGAAAGUUCAAACGUGCUACUCAGUUUACCGGAAUAAUCCGAGCUUAGCCGCGAAUUGCGCUCGCAACGUUUUGCAGAUGUUUCCCUGCCCUGACGCGUCGCAAUCG